AUGUUUAUAACACAAUUUAUUAGAAAUAAAAAAACGGAAGAUGUUAUAACUGAUGAAUUUAGUUCCGAUAAUAUUUUAUUGAUGACAUUUGAUUUAAGUCAAGCUGGACAAGGUCAUUUGAAAGCUGAAUUAGUUAAACCACAAGCAUCAACAAUUGCAUGUCGAUGUCAUGUACAUGAAUUAAACAAUCAGGAAUAUCUUAUUCAAUAUAUUCCAAGUGAACCUGGUCGAUAUCAACUUCGUCUUCUAUUUAAUAAUCAACUUGUACAAGGAAAAACAAUUGAUACAGAUGUCUACUCACUUCUACCACCACCAAUACCGCCAUCAACAUUAUCAUCAUUUCCACUUGUUCAUAUACAAAAAAUUUCACCAAAUGAUAUUCCUCGAGUUGGUGAUGAUAUUUGUCUUGAAAUCAUUACUGAAAAAUCAGACAUACGUGGACAAAUAUCAUGUAAUGGAGUUACUGUACCAUGUAAACUUGUACAAACAAAAGAUACACAUAUUUGGAAUCUGAAAUUUCGACCUUAUGUAGUUGGUACACAUAAAAUAUAUUUACUUCAUAAUGGAAUACCUAUUAUGAGUUCACCAUAUCUUAUUCAAGUCAAAGAUUCUAAUGAUAAACAUCUUCUAUCCGGUCUGACAAAUACACCAUGCGUGAUACAAAUUCAUACGAAAUCAACAUCAAAUUCACAAAUUCGAGCAGUUGUUCUUCUCGAUACUGUUCAAAUUCCAUCAACAAUGACAAUUAUUAAUGAUAAUCUCAUUCGUAUAAAUUUUACUCCGAAAGAACCUGGCUUUUAUUUAGUCAAUAUAUCUAAUCGUGAUAAACCUAUAACGGGAUCUCCAUUUUCCAUACGUAUUGAACGAUCAGAUGUCGUUCAAGUUACUGGUAAAUGUUUUCAUCGUUUACGUUUAAACGAUCUAGGAAUAUUUCGUAUUCAUUGUCAUGGUCAACGGGGAUUAAUUAAAGCAAAAAUAUAUAAUCUUUCUGUUGGUAAUCGUUCUGAUAUUGGACAAGUAAUUGCAUUUCAAUUACUUGAACCAUAUGAACAAUUAUUACAAUUUCCAUCACAAAUUUUUUUUACUUCAUUAACAAUACUUCUUACUGCACGAUUAAGACUUACACAAGAACGUAUUCGAAAUUUAACACUUGAAGAAGAUAAUGGUUAUGCAACUGUAUUAUUUCAAUUAUUUGAAAUACCACCACAAAUGCCAACUAAUGAACAAAUUAUUAAUGCGCUAAGAAAUUUAAUUGAUAAACAAAUAUUAAAUUUAUUCGAUCCAAAUCGACGUAUGUUACAUGCUAUUUGUGGAUCAUUAGUUGUUGGUCCUAAAGGUGAAUCAGUGAAUGUGAAAUUAUUUCCACAAGCAAAUGGAGAUUAUAUGGGUGAAUUUACACCAAAAAAAAUUGGUCAACAUCGUAUUGAUAUUACAUUUGGUAAUGUGCCUAUACAAGGUAGUCCAUUAUUUACUGAAGUAUAUAAUCCACUACAAGUACGUCUUGGUCCUAUGCCAAAAGAGAUUUUUACUGGAGUAGAACAUACAUUUGAUAUUAUGAUGGAUAAUGCUGGAUGUGCACCACUUGAAAUUUCAAUUAUUUCAUCAUCAGGUUUAAAUGUUCCUUUUAAAAUUAAUGAUGCUACAAAAGUAACUAAAGUACAUUUUACACCUAUUGAAUCUGGUUUACAUACUUUAAAUGCAAAAUUUGGUUCUGAUAUAAUACCAGGUACACCAUUAAAAAUGAUGGUUACGAAUGGACGUAUGGUAACUGCAUAUGGUAAUGGAAUUCAUCAUGCUUUACACGAAACCGAAACAACAUUUAUGAUUGAUACAAAAGAAUUACUUGGUGAUUUAAAAGUAUAUAUGGAAGGUCCUAAUUCUAUUAUUCAUCCUACAAUGGAUCGAAUUAAUAAUAGUUUAGUUAAAAUUAUCUAUAAACCUGUUGAUGUUGGUUUUCUUAAUAUUCUGGUAAAAUGGAAUGGAAAAGAUAUCAUUAAUAGUCCAUUUAAAGCAUUAGUUACAAAUCCAGAACGUAUUCGAAUUGUUGGUGGUUUACAAGCAUUAUUUGAUGCACAAAAUCGUAUGCGUGUUAUUACUAAUGAAGAAAAGAAAAUUUGUUUUGAUACAUCACAAGCUGGACCAGGUACUUUAAAAGCAGAUAUUCAAGGUGCUGAUAAUGGUAGUAUACCAUUACGUAUUGAUCAACAAGGUCAUGUAUCGACUUUAAAUUUUACUGCUAGACGAGAAGGAGAAUAUGAUUUAACAAUUACACAUGCAUCAAUUCCAUUACCGAAUAUGCCUAUUCGAGUGGUUGCAAUAUCAGCUAGUUCUGAACCAUUAAAAGUAGGAAUAUAUGGUCGUGGUUCAUAUGAAGCACGAGUUAAUGAAGAAGUUGAAUUUUUUAUUGAUGCAUCACGAGCACCACAUACUAGUUCGAGUAAAUUAGUCGUACGAUUAACUGGUAAACAAACGGAUAUAGAUGUACGAAUUCGUCAAAUUGAAAAAAAUCGUAAUAUUUUUAUUUGUUCUUAUAAACCAACAGUACCAGGUAUUUAUUUAUUGAGUAUAAUUUGGGCAGAACAACAAAUACGUGGAUCACCAUUUAAAGUUAAUGUUUUACCAAAUACGAAUAAUAAUCAUGCAGCAGAACGAGUUAUUUGUUCAGGUGAUGGAUUACGUAUAGGAAUAUUAGGAAAAGAAAGCAAAUGUUCAAUUGAUACACGUACAACAGAGCCAGGAGAAUUAACAGUUUUUUGUCAAGGAAUGAAUAAAAAAGCGACUUGUCGAUUAUUUGAUCAUCGUAAUGGAACAUUUUCAUUAUUUAUUAAACCAGAAGAAUCUGGAAAACAUGUAUUAACAAUAAAAUAUAAUGCUACAAAUGUACCAGGUAGUCCAUUUACAGUUAAAGUCAGUGGUCCACUUGAUGCUAAUAAAGUACGCGUUUCUGGUCCUGGUAUAGAACAUGGAGUUCUAUCAACAUUUCAAUCGCAUUUUAUUUGUGAAACGAAAGGAGCAGGUGCUGGACAAUUAACAGUCAAAAUUCGUGGUCCAAAAGGUGCUUUUCGUGUUGAAAUGCAACGUGAACAUUUACAAGAUCGUACAAUUGUAUGUCGAUAUAAUCCAACUGAAUCUGGAGAUUAUAUUAUAUCAGUUAAAUGGAGUGGUGAACAUGUUUAUGGGUCACCAUUUCAUACCCAUAUAUUUCAAACUCAAGAAGAAUUAGAACAUUGCCGACAGGAACUCAAUGAGUAUCAAUUAGAUAAACAACAGCCGGCGAAUCCAAAAGUUUAA